UUACUGUUAUUAGAUAGAUAUAAGCUGGAAGUAGCUUGUCAGAUCUUUCGGUGUGGAAAGGAGACGAGCUGAACCGGGUCUGGAAUUGGAUCCGGUUCGACAGAGUAUCUUCCUUCAUUUCCUUCUUUUUUUUUUUCAGAAUGGUAUAUGCAAGAUUAUGCAGGAGGUUAAUUUUUCUAGCCUGCAUACUGAGCUCUCUGAGAGCAGAUGCAUUCCCUGUAGGGAUUACAUAUGUUCAAAAUGCUGUCGCAAAAGGAGCAGUUUGCUUGGAUGGAAGCCCGCCGGCUUAUCAUCUUGAUAGGGGUUCUGGUUCAGGAAUCAACAACUGGCUAGUUCACAUUGAGGGAGGAGGAUGGUGCAACAACGUUACGACUUGCCUUGCACGAAAAGACAACCGUUUGGGUUCCUCCAAGAAGAUGGUAACGGAACUUGCAUUUUCUGGGAUUCUAAGCAACAAGCAGCAAUUUAAUCCAGACUUCUACAGCUGGAACAGGGUCAAGGUCCGCUACUGUGAUGGAUCAUCAUUUACUGGAGACGUGGAGGCAGUAGAUCCCGCUACUGGUCUUUACUUUCGAGGAGCAAGAGUUUGGCUUGCAGUCAUUGAGGAUCUAUUAGCGAAAGGGUUGAAAAGUGCAGAAAAUGCUCUUUUGUCGGGCUGUUCGGCUGGCGGUUUGACAUCCAUUCUUCAUUGUGACAGCUUUCGUGCUCUUGUACCAAUGAGUGCCAAAGUAAAAUGCCUCUCAGAUGCCGGUUAUUUCAUCAACACGAAGGAUAUUUCUGGAACACAACACAUUCAAGCCUUCUACGAUGAUGUGGUGAAUGUGCAUGGAUCAGCGAAGAAUUUGCCAGUAUCUUGUACGUCUCAAAUGAAACCGAGUAUGUGUUUCUUCCCACAAUACAUGGCGCAACAAAUCCGCACGCCACUUUUUAUAUUAAAUGCAGCAUAUGAUUCAUGGCAGAUAAAGAACAUUUUAGCACCUGGUGUUGCUGAUCCUCAUGGCACUUGGCAUUCCUGCAAGCUUGAUAUAAAGCAGUGUUCUUCCAGUCAACUUGAAACAAUGCAAGGUUUCCGUUUGGAGUUUUUAAGUGCCCUGACAGGACUUGGGACCUCCUCCUCAAGAGGCAUGUUCAUAAACUCAUGUUACGCCCAUUGCCAAUCCGAGAUGCAGGAGACAUGGUUAAGAGACGACUCUCCUGUGCUCGGCAACAUGACAAUCGCAAAGGCAGUUGGAGACUGGUAUUUCGACCGGAGUCCCUUCCAGAAGAUCGACUGCCCCUACCCUUGUGACAAGUCAUGUCACAACCGCAUUUUCGAUCCGCAAGAACAUCCGGGUGCAUAGCAAACCAUUACUUGAGUAUAUUUAUAUUCAUGCAUGCAUCAUCAUAAUUAUUUUUAUUAUUGCUAAACAAGCUCUCAAAUAAAAGCUCAUUAGUAAUAAAUGGUUUGUAGUCAUCUUGAAAUAAACCAAGGCCACAAAAUCAGUGGUUCUUGCUAUAUUAUUGUUCUAAUAAUAGAAUAUUAUUUCAUUUCAUAUAACAAAUUCAAGCUUCUUUUUUC